GAAGUGUCUCCUUCCGGGAUUGUUUACAAGAACCUGGCGACGAACUCGGCAUUUAAGAAGCCGCCGCGGUUGCCGCGAGGCGGUAUCCUCGCCGACGACAUGGGCCUGGGAAAGACCAUCACGACCAUCGCGCUCAUCCUUGCCAGCCCGCAGCGGGAGUCUCGUGCAACAACCGGGAAGUCCCCAGGCAAAAACCUCGUGAUUUGCCCGCUGUCGGUGCUGUACAACUGGUCGGAGCAGCUGAAGUUGCAUGCGCCAAGCCUACGAGUCAGGACGUAUCAUGGUCCAGACCGCGAUCGCCACCCGAAGACCUUUGGUCUGCAUGACGUGACCUUGACUACCUAUGAUGUUCUUCGGGCGGAAGCAAGGGACAAGACUCAGGGCCUGGGCUCCGUUGCGUGGCAUCGCGCUGUUCUCGAUGAGGCUCACGUCAUCAAGGGCCAUCGGCAAGCGACGGCUCAGGCUGUGUUCCAGCUCGUCACGGCUGAAUGCAAGUGGUGCCUUACCGGGACGCCCAUCCAGAACUCUGUGGAGGACCUCUUCUCCUUAGCCCGUUUUCUGAAGCUCGAGCCCUUCGAUCAGUUCGAUUGGUUCAACAGGACCAUUCUCCGACCACUGAAGAACCGCGAUGUCUCGGGCUUCGAAAGGCUUCAGCUGCUGUUGCGGACCUGGUGCCUGCGGCGAACCAAGGACAUGAGCGUCCAGGAUUCUGAGACAGGGCUCUCCCGGCCACUGUUGAUGCUGCCGCGGAAGACGCUGGAGGUUGUCAAGGUGCCACUGGACCCAGGCGAUCGGGUCCUCUAUGAUCGCUUGUUCAACUGUGCCGCGGAACGCGUCAAAGAGCUGGAGGAGCGGAGCCAGCUGGGCCAAAACUUCUCUCAGGUGCUGUCUCUGCUUGUUCGGCUUCGCCAGCUUUGCUGCGCCAGCUCCUUGCUCCCUGCUGCGCUUCUGACAGAACUGCGGCAAGGGAAAGGCGAUGCCGCGCGCCUCCUGGAAGCCGCCACGGCUGCCCUUGGCAAGGACAAGGUGGAGCACCUGCUUCGCAAUCUCGCGCAAGCGCAAGAAGACGACUGCAGCAUCUGUAUGGAGUCGGGCUGUGAUAUCGUCACGCGCUGCGGACACGUGUUUCACCGUGGCUGCAUCGAAGCGGCCCUUCGCCAACUCGGCCAAGGAGGUUCUGGGUUGUGCCCUCUUUGCCGCGGCCCCAUCAAGAAGUCGGAGCUUUUGGAGAAGCCUCCAGAGCUGGAGGUGGUAGAGGGAGACGAGGGCAGUGACAUCCAUGCGGGCGCAAGUGCCAAGAUCAAGGAUCACUGGAAGGCUGUGCUGGCCUUUCUUGUGGAGAAUGUCUUCAGCAAGUCGCUCGGCUGCUGCUAA